AUGGUAGGUUUGCAAAUGAUCCCGUCAUUGGUCCCCCCGGCGGUACAAGUAGAGCUGUUGUCUCGCUUAUUACAUAGAGACUUGUCUAACAAGGAGCAUCAAACAAAUCUUCAUCUACACUACAACAUUACCUAUCCUGGUGAAACGGAAAUUGCCCCCAUUGAAGGUGGCACAUCAACGUCGUCAGCGGGUAAUAGCCCAGAAGGCAAUGGCGUCCUGUCAUUCUUCGAAGAUGACCCGGCUCGUGUGGUUUACCCCAAGGAUCCAGCCGUACAUAAGCCAUUGACUGUUCAACAAAUGUUAAAUAAGAAACUCCGAUGGGCAACUCUGGGCGGUCAGUAUAAUUGGACUACCAAAGAGUAUCCGACGGAAUGCCCGCCAGCAUUUCCGGAAGAUGUUGCAAGUGUUCUACAUGCGGCAUUCCCACAGACAGAAGCCCAAGCAGCCAUUUUGAAUGUUUACUCGCCGGGAGAUACGCUGAGUCCUCAUCGGGAUGUCAGUGAAGAAUGUGAUGUCGGCUUAAUCAGUAUCAGUUUUGGUUGUGAUGGUCUGUUCCUCAUCAGUCAUGACGAUGGAAAAGGCUGUGAAAUUGUUCGACUUCGCUCCGGGGAUGCUGUGUAUAUGGACGGCACGUCACGCUUUGCAUGGCAUGCUGUGCCCAAGAUCGUUCCAGGAACAUGUCCAGAAUGGCUUGCUGAUUGGCCAUUGUGCCCUGUUGAUGAUGCGGAUACUUCGAAGUACGGCAGGUGGAAGGGUUGGAUGUCAGGCAAGAGAGUCAAUCUGAAUGUUCGGCAAAUGACGGUCACAGAUACCCACACUUGA